AUGAAAACGUUGGAUUCCGAGCCAGACUUCGACGAUGUGGAAGCUAUUGAGAUCGCUCAUACCCGAGAACCGGAUAAGAUAAUCUCAGAUCCCAGCGGUAAUCACCAGAGAUCUACGCGCAACACAAGUCAUAUGUUGAAGCUGGGACAGAGACCAGGGUCACGAAUCGGUGAUUGUGCAACUAAUAGGCAGAAUGCGCCCAAAAAAAUUCUUGUGGGAAAGUGCAGAAACAAGGCUCCAAGUGAGCGCCAGGCAGAUAUAACGCAUGUGUGUGGUGAUGAAGACUCCCAUGAUAAGUCGCUCGCUGCCGCAGACCAAAACAAAUUCGAGAGACAUGAUAAAGAACUUAAUUUCCAACAGAUAGGACGCCUUGAUGGGUCUCAAACUUGUGCAUUGUUAUCAGAAACUCAGAAAUGGGACUUGACAAAUAUGGAUGGAAGAACAGAUUUCGCAAUGGCUACCACCACCCUUCCCCAAGCAGCCCGCCAUACUGGUAUGGAGCAGGUCGCUCAAGGUCUCCAGCAGGAUGCUCUUGAAGUUGUCCUUCGAAGGAGCUUGAGCGAAGUCACCAAAAAAUAUAAUACCUUAGAGACCCGGCAUAACGAGUUGCUGAGUAUUGGUAUCAAGGCCGCUGAGCUUAACUUUGAACGAUUGAAAAGGCAAUCAGAAGAGGCCACUGAUGCAUCGAACAAACUCAUUAUGGAGCUUAAAGACGAAAUAGCUGCACAGUCAGUCCUGAUACUGCAAAACACUCAACUGAAACAGCAGCUGAGCCAGAGCAAAGUCAGGAUCGACGCUUUAGAAAAAGAAUUACACACUCUGAACGUGUCCUUUUCACAUACUAAAUCCGAGAUCCAGUCUCUUUCUGCUAAACUAUCUGCCAGCAGAGCUGCGGGGGUAAUCAGUAAAGCCCCGGGGAAUACGGUGAAAACUGGGACAUCAACCUGUAAAUCAGCUCCCAUUGACGCGCUGCUUGCAGCGCAAGCUAAAGAAUAUCUUUACGGCGACUUAACGGGGCUCAUUGUGAGUCGAAUGACUCGAGGCGACGAGGAAGAUGUUUUUGACUGCAUUCAGACCGGAAGGAAUGGGACUCUUCACUUUAAACUGGCCCUAGAAUCUGUCCAUGCUUCUGACAACUAUGAAGACGUUCAAUUCACAUACAAGCCUCAAUUAGACAUAGGAAGGGACAGUGAUCUGAUGAAAAUAUUACCGGACUACCUGGUGGAAGAAAUCACAUUCACGAGGACACAGGCGUCUAACUUCUACGCCAGAUUAAAUAAAUCUUUAACGGAACGGAAGCAUUGUAGUGCACCACAAAUAUCCAGCUAA